UGGAAUGGGCAUUAAGGAAUGGAAGAUGAUUCAAUAAGCAAAAAAGAAUGGGGUGGACCCAUUGAGUGAAGUGUAUCCAGCUGUAAUAGUGUCUCCAAGUGUUUUUUUCUUAUCAAAGCACCUUUUGUUCUUUGUGAUAAAAACAAUUAGACACAAAGUAACCUUUCUAAUUCAUUAACUGUUCACUUCUAAUCUAAUCUAAUAUAUACAGCUAUUGAUUACUUUUAAUUUUUCAAUUUGAUUUGUUUUCAUGAAAAUUGAACCAACAUUUCCAGAUAUUCAAACCCCACAUGAAUUUAUUCCUAAACGCGUUUGUUUAAUGUAAUGUUAAUUUAACUCCCACUUUUUCCUGUUUAUAUGUAAGGAAUGGCAUUUACGUAAUUUUACUAAAAGAAACUCCUUAUUUUAAAUCUCAACUUGAUAUAAACCCGACACUAGUCUUCUUCUUCUUCUUAUAUCCAUCUGACAGUCGCAGCCAUUAGCGACUGGUUCGGUUUUCGCCUUCUUCAACCUUUUCAUAUCCCGCCAUUUAAUUUCUCAAUUCCCUUCAUUUUUAAUUUAUUCUCUGAAACUAAAGCUUUUAACCCACCUAUAGCCAUGGCCUUGAAGGCCACGUUCUUGUUUUGCACCGUGGCUCUGUUACUCAUACAAAGUGGCCACUUGGCCAUGGCCAAAAAAACCUACAUUGUUCACAUGAAAAAUCCUGAGACGCCACUUGCUUAUCCCACUCGUCAGGAAUGGUACUCUGCUAGCUUAUCUUCUCUUUCUUCGGACACGGAUUCGCUGCUUUACUCCUACACCAACGCUUACCCUGGAUUCGCAGCCUCUUUGGAUCCUGAACAAGCUGAGUCACUCCGCCAAUCUGACGACGUUUUGGGUGUCUACGAAGAUACAGUUUAUACCCUUCACACAACUCGGACCCCUGAGUUUCUGGGUUUAGAGGUCGAUGGUGGACUCAGUACUCAGGAUAUUAACCAGGCCUCUCAUGAUGUCAUUGUUGGAGUUUUGGAUACUGGGGUGUGGCCCGAAUCCAAAAGCUUUGACGAUACUGGUAUGCCUGAGAUCCCGUCACGGUGGCGCGGAGAGUGCGAAACCGGUCCAGAUUUCAGUUCAUCUCUCUGCAACAAGAAGCUCAUUGGAGCUCGAAGCUUCGCCAAGGGUUUCCAGAUGGCAUCCGGCGGAAGCUUCGUAAAGCAGGGCAAAGAGAUCGUGUCACCUCGGGACAGAGACGGACACGGAACCCAUACGGCGAGCACUGCCGCCGGAGCACACGUAGUGAAUGCUAGCUUACUCGGAUACGCCAGCGGGACGGCGCGUGGAAUGGCAACACACGCUAGAGUAGCAGCUUACAAAGUCUGUUGGAGCUCCGGUUGUUUCGGGUCGGAUAUUCUCGCGGGUAUGGAUCGGGCCAUUGCCGACGGGGUUGAUGUGCUAUCUAUGUCUUUGGGAGGUGGGUCCGCCCCUUACUACCGCGACACUAUCGCUAUCGGAGCGUUCGCCGCAAUGGAGAAGGGCAUUUUCGUCUCAUGCUCGGCUGGUAAUAGUGGGCCCAGUAAGGCUUCAUUGGCCAAUGUGGCGCCGUGGAUCAUGACUGUCGGGGCUGGAACUCUGGAUCGUGAUUUCCCGGCUUUUGCUUUGCUGGGAAACAAGAAACGGUUUGGCGGUGUCUCACUCUACAGUGGGUCCGGAAUGGGAAAUAAACCGGUGGCAAUCGUGUACAAUAAAGGGUCCAACAGUUCAGGCAACUUGUGCCUGCCCGGUUCGCUCGAACCAGCAUUGGUACGUGGGAAAGUGGUAUUGUGCGACAGAGGAGUAAAUGCACGUGUGGAGAAAGGUGCGGUGGUCCGCGAUGCCGGUGGGAUCGGGAUGAUACUGGCCAACACAGCCGCGAGCGGCGAGGAAUUGGUGGCAGACAGCCACUUGUUACCGGCUGUGGCGGUGGGAAGGAAGAGCGGUGAUUUGAUCAGGGAGUACGUGAAAUCAGUUCCUAAUCCGACGGCUGUGCUGAGCUUUGGUGGGACCGUGUUGAAUGUACGACCGUCUCCCGUUGUGGCGGCGUUUAGUUCGAGAGGGCCCAAUCUAGUGACGCCCCAGAUCUUGAAGCCUGAUGUGAUUGGGCCUGGUGUUAACAUCUUGGCUGCUUGGUCAGAAGCUAUUGGGCCCACUGGGCUGGAGAAGGACGCAAGGAAAACGAAGUUCAACAUUAUGUCAGGCACAUCCAUGUCUUGCCCACAUAUCAGUGGUCUAGCUGCUCUUCUUAAAGCAGCUCAUCCAGAUUGGAGUCCCAGUGCAAUCAAAUCUGCCCUGAUGACAACUGCAUAUGUAAUAGAUAACACCAAAUCCCCUAUUCGGGAUGCAGAAGGAGGUGCCGCUUCCAACCCAUGGGCUCAUGGGGCGGGCCAUGUCGACCCACAGAAAGCCAUUUCACCUGGUCUAGUUUAUGACAUCUCAACCCAACAGUACAUCCAGUUCUUGUGCUCCUUGGACUACACCCUUGAUCAUGUCCAAUCCAUUGCCAAGCACCGCAAUGUCACUUGUUCUAAAAAGUGGUCUGACCCGGGAGCUCUAAACUACCCUUCGUUCUCUGUCAUUUUUGGAAACAAACGAGUUGUUCGCUACACUCGUCAAUUGACCAAUGUUGGAGCUGCUGGGUCUGUAUAUAACUUAACUGUUGAUGCACCUCCAAUGGUGAACGUGUCUGUUAAGCCAACCAAGCUUGUGUUUAAAACAGUUGGGCAGAAGCUUCGUUACACUGUGACCUUUGUGGCAGCAAGAGGUGCAGCCUCUUCUGGAAGGUCUGCUUUUGGUUCAAUCAUGUGGAGCAACGCUGAGCACCAAGUCAGGAGCCCUGUUGCAUUUGCAUGGACGCAGUUGUGAGAAAAUUAAAAUGGUUUAUGAGUUUCUUUAACUGUUAUUCUCUUCUCAGAAUGUGCCCAUUUGCCAUGAGGGAAAUAGAGGCCAUAAGGCUCUGAUCAAGUCAGAUAAAAUUUUUAGUAUUUGAGAUUUGCAGUUGGUAACCAUUUUCAGAAUUCAGAGAGUGGGGUGAAAGGAGUUGAUAAGUAAACUUCCCUGUAUGUUCUGCUUUUUUAAAAACUAAUCUAAUAGAAUGAAUGACACAGGAGUGUUUUAUUCUGUUUAUGACAGAUA